AUGGCAGUGUUCAGAAUAAGGGAAAUGCGGUGUUUUGGCGUCUGGUCGUUCCCCCUCAUAGUGGCUGUGGUGUGUGCGCAAAGUGCCGGUGUCAAUGACCCUAGCAAUAUGUCUUUGGUGAAAGAAACGGUGGAUAGACUCCUGAAGGGCUAUGAUAUCCGACUGAGGCCAGAUUUCGGAGGUCCUCCGGUCGGAGUGGGGAUGAAUAUAGAUAUAGCCAGUAUAGACAUGGUGUCCGAAGUCAAUAUGGACUACACACUGACCAUGUACUUCCAGCAGGCCUGGCGAGACAAGAGGCUGUCCUACUCCGAGAUCCCCCUGAACCUGACCCUAGAUAACCGGGUAGCUGACCAGCUCUGGGUCCCUGACACCUACUUUCUCAACGACAAGAAAUCCUUCGUCCACGGUGUCACAGUGAAAAAUAGAAUGAUCCGACUGCACCCGGAUGGGACCGUACUGUACGGCCUAAGGAUCACGACCACUGCCGCUUGCAUGAUGGACCUGAGGAGAUACCCACUGGAUGAGCAAAACUGCACACUGGAAAUAGAGAGCUAUGGCUACACUACAGAUGACAUUGAGUUUUACUGGCGAGGAGGGGACAAUGCUGUGACGGGUGUGGAGAGGAUCGAGCUGCCUCAGUUCUCCAUCGUAGACCACCGGCUCAUCUCCAAGAAUGUGGUCUUCUCCACUGGUUCCUACCCCCGCCUGUCCCUGAGUUUCAAACUGAAGAGAAAUAUCGGAUACUUCAUCCUGCAGACCUACAUGCCAUCCAUCCUGAUCACCAUCCUCUCCUGGGUCUCCUUCUGGAUCAACUAUGACGCAUCUGCUGCCAGAGUGGCUCUGGGUAUCACCACGGUCCUCACCAUGACCACUAUCAACACCCACCUGAGAGAGACACUACCCAAGAUCCCAUACGUCAAGGCCAUAGACAUGUACCUAAUGGGCUGCUUCGUCUUUGUCUUCCUGGCCCUUCUGGAGUAUGCCCUGGUAAACUACAUCUUCUUUGGACGUGGCCCUCAGCGCCAGAAGAGGGCAGCUGAGAAAACAUCUAUGGCCAACAAUGAGAAGAUGAGAAUGGAUGCAAACAAGUGGCUUGUGGGAAACGUUGUUGGGAGAGAUGAUACCCUGUAUGCCAGAAUGAAACAGAGGGAUCUUGAUGGUCAUGACUCGAUGUGGGAGCCAAUAUUCAUGGAUGAUGCAGCAAUAGGACUGGGUGAUCAAAAGAAUAAGAUGGACCCACAUGAGAAUAUCCUUCUGGGCACCUUGGACAUUAAGAAUGAGAUGGGCGCAUCAGAACUGGCUCUGGGUAUAAACGACCCUCGGAAUACCAUGCUGACGUACGACAGCUCGACGCUGCAGUAUCGCAAAGCGGGGCUGGCCCGGCACAACUUCGGCCGCAACGCGCUGGAGCGCCACGUGACUCAGAAGAAGAGCCGGCUACGGAGGCGUACGUCGCAGCUGAAGAUCACGAUCCCCGACUUGACUGACGUAAACUCUAUUGACAAAUGGUCGAGGAUGAUUUUCCCAACUGUAUUUUCUUUCUUCAACAUUGUUUAUUGGCUUUAUUAUAUCAAUUAA